CCGAUACUGCGAAACCACCACGAUUCUCAUUUUUGUAAUCACGUCCGAUUUAUGAUCAAGAGAGAAGUCGCAAAAUUCCAGAGUUGAAUUUCAAGCAUUCCACCACGUCGCCACUGCACGAAGUGUUAACACAAAAGCAUUCGACCGAAAGAUGACACCCAACUUUUUGCGUUUGGUCCGCCUUCUUCUGUGUCUCGAUGCUGCAGCUCGCGCCUUGUCGUUCGGCAACCACGACGAAGUCCGCCGGAGCAGAAACCCUCUCGGAAACACGGGAUCGUCCGCCACAACCAAUCUAUACGCAGAAGGAUCGGGGAAAUGCCACCGGGAGGAGCACCGCGUAUCGAGGCGGGACGCCAUCGCCGCUACAGUAAAAGCAGCAUCUCUGACAACCGGAAUGGCAACGGCCGAGGUAACGUGGAGAUCCUUGGUCGAGGAUGCUUGCCUUGCACACGCUGUGGGGACACCAAACAGCGCGGAUGCAUCCUUUCUUCCUCCCGGGACGCUCCGGACCAUCGAGGCCGGGAAGGCUGCUAUCAUCAACGACUGGCUGUCGCCUGAGGAAACCAAAGCACUGUGUCAAGAUGCCAGAGACUGUUUCCGUGGCGGACAUUUUACCAACUUCAUCUUGUCACGAAAUCCCAAAAAGGCCGACAGGUUCGCAAACGACCGUUGGAUCAUGCCUUCGUUUGCCUCUUCCCAGGGAAUCAGAGAUGGUCCCUUCGUUGACUCUGCCGUGGGAAAUCUGCAGGUGAGGGAAUCCCUCAGGAGAAAAAUGGCGGCCGUAAAGGCCGCUCUGGCCAACGGAUUGACCGAUCGACCAACCCUCUCGAACGAUGUGGCUCAGACCCACGAGAUGGAAUACCUGAGAUACGGGGAGGGUGCUCUUCUGAAUCGGCACACCGACGAGCACCACCUGGAACUCAAGCGCGCCCACGGAUCCCGGUUGCCACUCAAGAAGAACGCCUCCCGGAGGUCCGUCACCUGGCUGGUCUAUCUGAACGACGAUUGGACGCCGGAGGACGGGGGCCAGCUGAGGCUCCACGAACGUGCCAGCGACUCGAUCGUUCCGGUCGGCGCCCGCAACGCGAACGAUCUGCAGGUUGGAUGGCUCCGGGAAAUUCCCGAAACGGGAAAGGGCGAGCAGCCCGUCUUUCUGAAUCCCUUUUGUCGAAAACGAGACGGCAGCAUGGACGAAAACGAAUCUUGCAUGCUCUACACCUUUGACGACAACAGCGGCGAGAACAAGAGGAGGGAGCUCUCGAAACAGCCCUUUCCCAAUGCCGCCCUGUACCUGGGGGGAGGCGACAAGCUGGCACGCAACUUUAUGGUGGAUGAUCCAGAAGACAGAAAGCGCUUCCACCUGAUCGAUGCCCCCAAGAGCCUCGUCUCCGAGCUGGCCAAGACCGAARCGCCCCCGGAGGGAGAGGACGGUGGAGAACGAAUCCAUGACAUUCUCCCGAGGGCCGGAACACUCGUCCUCUUUGAUAGCGUCUCCCUUCCCCACGAAGUGCUCAGGACCAACCGAGAACGCUUUGGGGUUCAGGGUUGGUUCCACGAAACAAUCCAACAACAAACACAACAAUGACGUUGCGGACGAAACAGGUCCGAAAACGAUUGGUCGAAACCACGUAGAACACAUUAAUCAUAGGGUGGUUCUGGGUUGGUUUGCGUUUUUGGCAUAUCCUCGAGCUUUCCGUGGAUACAUAUGGUAGCGAUAGUAGUAUGAUAGAAUAGAUCUGGCAUUAUAUA